CUUGGGGAACUGUUGAUGUAUUAGUAAAUAAUGCAGGUUGUUUGAAACUUUCCUUGUCUUAUGUUGUUUUCAUUCCACAUUCGAUCUCUUGAUGCUUUUUCGGUGUUUUCUGGAAUCACUAGGGACAACUUAAUGAUGAGAAUGAAGAAAUCCCAGUGGCAGGCUGCAGCCAAAAUUAUGAUGAAGAAGAAAAAGGUAUAUACACCGUUUUAUCUCUCCAUUCACAGUAAAAAUUAUUUUUAUAUUAAAUAUUUCGACAUAUAAUUUUAAUAUCAGAAUGAGCACUCUCUUGGGGCCCAUGUCAUGGAAAAAGGACGACCUGUGAAGAAACCCAAAGAGGGCUGCUGUUAUUGCCUGUGGAUAUGAAUGGUUUCAGAUUUUUAACCGUCUCAGUUGCACCUCAUCCCACCAUUUCAGGCAGACCUACAUCAGCAGCUUCCAUGGCAGUUGGACAGUUUUUCAAUCCAGACGAAGGAAAGUUGGAUGUCUCUCCUUGGUUCAUGCUUCAAUCAUCUUAUUCUCACAAGGAAAUGUUUGGGAAAGAGGACCAUCCUCUUGCUUUAAAUUUGUCUUUCAGCAUUAGCUUAGGCCUUCUUCCUGCUACAUUGUCUUUGAAGAUUGCGGGAUGUGAAAUAAACUAUUCUGGACUUCAAGAUGAGGAGACAGAAGAUGUUGAAAGUAAUACUAUUGAGUUUCUUUUUUUUUUUUUUUGAUGAAAAAAGUAAUAUAUUACAAUAGUAUAAAGUAAUACUAUUGACUUAUUUCGUUUAGAAGCCCAAUAUUUAUUCAUUUCUCUUCUUUUUUCCUUGAAGUUCCUCAUGUAGCAUUUUGAUUCAUUUUUAUCCUUCAUGCUUAUGGCUUAAAAGAUUAUAAUGUUUUACUAUGUUGCAAAAGAAUGUCAAC